AUGCAUCGUUUUGUCCACUUCCUCGCCGUGGCCGUCGCUGCCGCCACAUUCGCCGCAGCAGCUGGAAGCGACCCCAUCGUCACGAGCCUCUUCCUGCCCAACCACGAUACCAACUCAUUCGUCGCCACCGUCCUCAACGUUGCCGCUUCGGCCACGACGUUUGCAUAUACGUGCGCGAGCAAUGUCAGCCCCGACGACUGCGACUUGGUGACGCACGGCACCGUUGUGCAAGGCCCGUCGACUUGGCAGAUGUCGCUGUCGAUGAGCGACGACAAGGACGGCAUAUACGCAUUCACUGCUACCUGUUCUCUCACCUCGUCCAAGGACGUUGCCAGCUGCUCAGUCUCCGAGACCGAAUCCAACAGCGAAACGCAGACUUCGUACCAAACGACCGGCCAGACGACGGGGUAUAUUUCCGACAUGCAGCCCGUGACUCUCAUCUCUGGCCUCGACAAGCUCACCGACGGCGCCGUGCCAACCGCCAGCACGGCCUCGUCCGCCUCGCCCGGCGCCAGCAGCCCCGGCGCCCAGCCCACCGGCGGCGCGUCGCAGUCGUCUUCCUCGGGUGCCUCUUCAUCCGCAGGGGCCUCGUCCUCCGGAACCACCUCCUCCGCGAGUGGCUCCAAUACGGCGACGCCCAAUGCUGCACCUGCGGCCACCCAACAAGCUCUCCUGGCUGGUGUUGCCGCCGUUGUCGGUGCUCUUGCGCUCUAA